CUACUAAAACAGAAGGACCCACCUGUCCACUUAUCGUGCUCCUUUCACCCAUGUGCUGGCCGCCCAGUGUCGUCAGACCUGCCCGGGAUCCCAUCGCGACAUCACCGACCAUUUCUGGAUCUCUUUUCCCGGUUUACCCAAUUAUUCAAUGUUGAAUGUUGAAGUCCUGGACGUUAACAGUCGCAUCCUUUCUCUCGAAAAAGGGAAAAAAGAACAGGGGAAAUAAAAAAGAAAAAAUCUAUUACGGGCGUAAACCUUUCUCUCGUGCACCUUACGUCCCUGAAACGCCAUCGUCUUCGUUCGCUUCCAGUCUUCUCGGCAAUUGCGUCAGUCUCGCCCUCCAUCAUGACUCAAAUCCGCAGACACCUGCCAGCCAUCUUGCCCACUCCGUCCUGAGCGCAGAGCGGGCGGCACGGCGUACUGUCCGGGAACCCACCGCCCCAGCUGCUACGGUUAAUCCGGCUCCGAGUCACGAUCCCGCUUGGUUCCACACCCGCCCCCGGACCGGAAGUCAAAAGAAAUUGACGGCAACGGUCAAAUGGUCAACUUCACCAUCGAGACGGGCCUAAGCCUUUCUGACGAGCUGUUCCCAAGUUUCACCAUCACCUGAAUAUAUACUGCUCUUGUCAUCGUCGGGUUCCAUUUUUCUUACAUACAGCAAAUAUAGUAUAGCUUACACUGAAGUCGCGAUAUAUGCUUUACAAACAGCCCCUAUAUAAACCCCCCCUUAAAAAAAACAGUUUUCGUGUCGU